UAUAGGUCACACACUUGUUGCUGCAGUGCGUCGACGAGUGGUUGACGAGUUAAAGCGGUUCUGUGUUGUACAUUUUUUAAAUCGUUUUAUAACGCUAACGAUAUUUGGAAAAGUGACGUUGAAUAUUGCCACUUCCGUAAAGCUGAUACUUUAGAGCAUUUUCCUAUCGGUUAGUGAAGUGACGAAGAUUUCCAAUAGUGAGCUUAUUUUUUUUAAAUCCAAACAACAACAACAUCUGCUACAAUAUGUUAUCGCUGGAUUGCUCGAAUAUGCGCCAAUGUCGGGUGGUUGUGGCCAUGGUUGUAUACAUUUCCUUUUUUCUUGAUAACAUGCUGCUAACAGUUAUAGUUCCGAUUCUACCCGACUACCUGGUGCAGUUUCACGACAAAGUACCGGCAAGCGUCAUCUACAAAAACUUCAGCCUGCAUUACGUCCCGAAGCUUAUCGGAGCGGUAAGCGAAGCGGUGGUAGUCGUCCAACCGACAAACCCCCCCACCGAUAGGGAGCUAGCGAUGGAGCAAGAGAAUGGAUCCAUCGGAAUACUACUGGGUGUGAAGGCACUCGUGCAGCUGUUGGCCAACCCACUGGUUGGAAGCGGAACCGCUCGCUUUGGCUACUGUGUUCCGAUCACAUUCGGUACGUUCAAUCUGCUGCUGGCAUCGCUGAUAUUUGGCUUUGGAACCUCGUACACCUCGCUGUUCGUGGCACGGGCCAUCCAUGGUGUUGGGUCGGCGUGUAUUGGCGUGUGUGGCAUGAGCCUCGUGGCCCAGCUGUACACCGAACCAGAACGCCGGUCCAAAGUGAUGGGAACGGUGCUGGGUGCGAUGGCUGUCGGUGUGCUGGUCGGGUAUCCGUUCGGUGGAAUAGCCUACGAAAUCGCCGGAAAAGCUGCACCGUUCCAUGUGCUGGCCGUGAUGUGUGCGGGGAACUUGUUGCUCCAAUACUUCCAGCUAGAUCUCAGUACGUAUCGUAGGAACGUAAUGCCCCGAGAUUCGUCCACAACGACAGAGGAUAAUCGUGCGACUUGGUGGCCACUGCUCAGCCAUCCCCUUAUACUGGUCGUCGUGGGAGGGAUUUGGAUUUCAACCUCGGCAAUGGCCAUCUUGGAACCGUGUUUACCGAUUUGGAUGAUUAGCCAACUGCAUCCGAAAAAAUGGCAGCUCGGAACGGUCUUCAUCCCGGACUCGAUCGGUUACUGGCUUGGUACGAACUUUUUCGGUUCGAUCGCCUAUCGGUAUGGCCAGAUUCGUGUUUCCAUUGUGGCCCUGCUGCUUGUCGGCAGUUCUUGCAUUCUCAUCCCAUCUGCCAACACCGUCGUGGGAUUGUUGCUGCCGCAUCUAGGGCUAGGAUUAGGGAUCGGAGUGGUAGAUGCGGCGUUAGUGCCUCUGCUCGCCACACUGGUGGAUUCACAGCUCAGUAUCCAGCUUGAUCAGGACGUCGGCCUAAGUGUGGAAGAAUCCGGUGGAGAGCAUGGAUAUGGAGCGGUGUAUGCCAUACAACAAAUAGCAGUCAGUGUGGCUUACUCGCUUGCACCGAUAAUUGGCGGAGAAUUGGUGCCCGUUAUCGGAUUCGCUACGGUUUUGCGUGCACUCGGUGUGCUGAAUAUUCUGUACAUCGCACCGCUUGCGUGUUCCAGUCUCCGAAACUCAGUAGGAUGUUUAGUGAGUAGUUCAAAGAAACAACAAGAUUUUCCACUAGCCAGCAGUGAACCUUCAAGCUACAGGCGUUUUUACAAUACCCUCGAGUAGAAAGUGAGAGUGAGAGCGAAAAGCGCAUCACCCCCAAUAACGGAAGAUAGCAAGCAAUCGUGCGUGAAAUGGAAUUAGUCUUUAUCUCUUGCCAGCAGACGUUGUCGCUAUACCGUACUUUACGGCAUCGAAUAAAAUACCGUCCGGAAUUGACUAACGUUGGGACCAUUGCAACCAAACCGUAUUCUCAACAGUGAGUGAAAUGGUGGUUAAUAGGUUUUAUUUCAUUCCUGCCAGCUAACAAACAUAAAAUACUACAUCCGUGAACCGUAUGUGUGAGGCCGGAUGAUAUUAAACGAUAAAACGAAAGCAUUCAAAAAUGCCAUGUGAAAAUGUACUGCUGUUGAAUGAUAACUACGUCAUAUAGUGUUAAUAUUUCUGUUAACUUGAUAAGCAAUUCCAUCCAUCAAACACACUUAAUUAUGCAACACAAAAUAAAAUUAUCGAGAUACAGAAACAAAACUCUUUCUUAAGCAAAUACAACACUUUAAACAACUACUUUCUACAACACAUAGUAAUAAAACUCCUUUCCAUGGUUAUUUAACUUUGUAAGGCUUUAUUAUUUUCAAUUAUGGCGAUAAAUUGUUUGAUAAACGACUGCAGGAUUCGUGAAAGGAAGCAAUCGAAUUACUUCGAAAAAGCUAGAAAGCUACACCCUAGAUUGACUCAAUUUUCUCAUCAGUAGUAACGCAAAAUCAAUUUACAAUUUACAACUU